AUGUUGGAGGUUGAUCAUUCUGAUGUGGAAAGUGGUCUUCAUGAAGUAAUGGAUCUUACAGAUGAAAUGAUUUCAUUCCUAACGAAGGAAGAAUCGCUCGAAGCGGUUAGUUUGAUUUCUUAUAAUGAUGUGAAUCGUUAA